GUCAGUGCGCACUGCUGCGGAUGGAGACAUGGAGCGGAGCCGUGCUCUGGUUUCACAUACUAACUUUUAGCAUUUAGAUCUGACACCGGAAUAGUGGAGUGAGGAGGGUUGCUCCUUUGAGCAGCAAUGGAGGAGGUGGAGGGUUCAUACCGGGUGCUGCAAACCCCAGGAACAAGGCUUGGAGCUCAGUUCAACGCAGGUAUCAGCACCUUGGAGCCCGGCCAGAGUCUCAGUGCCAACAUGGGCAGUGGGAACAAGAAUCACGGACGGGGACUACAAAUUCGUGUGCAGGGUCUGGAUGAUUCCCAGGAUUUCUUUGACAUGGACCCCAAAGCGCAUGGACAGGACCUCCUGAAUGAAGUUUUCCAGCGGGGCAACCUCAUAGAGAGUGAUUACUUUGGCCUGGAAUUUCAGAACAUGCAGAUGAACUGGGUUUGGCUGGAACCCACGAAGCUGAUUGUGAAACAAGUCAGAAGACCAGCCAACGCGCUAUUUAGACUGUCGGUGAAAUUCUUUCCUCCAGACCCAGGUCAGCUGCAGGAAGAGUACACCAGAUACUUGUUCUCCCUGCAAAUGAAAAGAGAUCUGAUGGAGGGCCGGUUGAUAUGCACAGAAAAUACUGGAGCCUUGCUCGCUUCUCACCUUGUCCAAUCUGAAAUCGGUGACUAUGAUGAUGCAGCUGACAGGGACUUCCUGAGGAUAAACAAGCUGUUGCCUUAUCAAGAAAAAGUCCAAGAGUCCAUCAUGGAGCUUCACCGCCGCCACCUGGGCCAGACUCCGGCUGAAUCAGAUUUCCAAAUUCUGGAAAUCGCUCGUAAACUGGAGAUGUAUGGUGUCCGUUUCCACCCGGCAGCCGACAGGGAGGGAACCAAAAUCAACUUGGCUGUCGCUCAUAUGGGCCUUCAGGUUUUUCAGGGUUUCACCAAAAUCAACACCUUUAACUGGUCAAAGAUUCGCAAGCUGAGCUUUAAGAGGAAGCGAUUCCUGAUCAAGCUUCAUCCAGAAGUUCAUGGCCCUCAUCAAGACACCCUUGAGUUCUUGAUGGGAAGUCGUGACCAGUGUAAAAUCUUUUGGAAGAUCUGUGUGGAGUAUCACUCCUUCUUCCGUUUGUUUGACCAACCCCAACCCAAAUCCAAAACCAUACUCUUCACGCGAGGGUCCUCCUUCAGAUACAGUGGAAGAACGCAGAAGCAACUUGUGGAGUAUGUCAGGGAAAACGGAGCCAAAAGAACUCCAUAUCAGAGGAGGAACAGUAAAAUCCGAAUGUCCUCCCGCUCCCUUGCCUCAGAUGUGCCAAAACUGAGCUUGUCAUUCAACGACAGCCUCAGGAUGAUGGGUUCCUUCACCUCGCCUCCAACGUCCUAUCGUCCUGUUCACGUCUCAAGCAUCAGCCCUCGAAAAGACUUCCAGAUUCCAUCCCAGCCUUUACCCUCAAUGAGCCCGUCGGCAGCUCCCCAGCAGCAGCUUCAGUCCCCACCCCAAGACAUGCGACCCCCCAGCCCACCGAAGGAAGACCCUGUCAAGGCAGUGUCCCCAACUAACUACACUAUUCAAGAUACAGCCGUGGACAGUCCUCAGCUCUCUCCCUUCAGCAACAAGGGUCCACUCUGUCUGUCCCCCUCCUUUCAGAUGUCCACACUGAGCCUCCCUGGCCACAGUCAGUCACCACUACAAAGCCCCAUCCUGACCGAGGUGGGCAGCAAUGCCCGGCUAGAGGAGGAGGAGGAUGGCAGAAGGAAGCGAUAUCCAACUGACAAAGCCUACUUCAUUGCCAAAGAGAUUUUGACGACUGAGAGAACGUACCUGAAAGACUUGGAAGUCAUCACAGUGUGGUUCCGUAGUGCUGUGAUCAAAGAGAACGCCAUGCCUGAAGGUCUGAUGAACCUUCUUUUCUCCAACAUUGACCCCAUCUAUGAGUUCCACCGAGGCUUCUUGAAGGAGCUGGAUCAGAGGCUGGCGCUCUGGGAGGGACGCUCGAAUGCUCAUGCCAAAGGAGACUACCAGAGGAUUGGUGACGUGAUGCUGAGGAACAUGACUGCUCUCAAGGUGAUUUCACUUGGAUUUGUCUUCCUCGGCCUCAGCUGCGUAAAUAACUUGAUGCGCUUCCUGCAGGACUUCACCACCUAUCUGCAGAAGCAUGAUGAGGUGUUGACAGAGCUGGAGAAAGCCAGCAAGAGGUUGAAGAAGCUGGAGACAGUCUACAAAGAGUUUGAACUGCAGAAGGUUUGCUACCUGCCCCUCAACACGUUCCUGCUCAAGCCCAUCCAGCGCCUCAUGCACUACAAACUCAUCUUGGAGCGACUGUGCAAACAUUAUUCACCAUCGCACCGCGACCUCAAUGACUGCAAGGGGGCCCUGAAGGAGGUGGCAGAGAUCGCCACGCAACUUCAGAGCAGUCUAAUCCGACUGGAGAAUUUCCAAAAGCUCACAGAGCUGCAGAGAGACCUGAUUGGAAUAGAAAAUCUAACGGCACCUGGCAGAGAGUUCAUACGAGAGGGCUGUCUUUAUAAACUGACGAAGAAGGGCCUGCAACAAAGAAUGUUCUUUCUGUUCUCAGAUAUGCUCCUGUACACAAGCAAAGGCGUUACAGCGACAAAUCAAUUCAAAGUGCAUGGACAGUUGCCCCUCCACGGCAUGAUUGUCGAGGAAAGUGAGAACGAGUGGUCUGUGCCUCACUGCUUCACCAUUUACUCCGCUCAGAGGACUAUCGUGGUGGCUGCGAGUUCCAAAGUGGAGAUGAGCAAAUGGAUCGAGGACCUCAACAUGGCCAUUGACAUGUCCAAGAAGUCUCAGGAGAAAUCCAGCAUCUUCCUGGACGCAGAUCUCGGAGAUCGCUCGAACCGCUCGUCUGACGAAAUGUCUCUGGAGCAGGAAUCGGAGGAUGACAUGAACUCCUCCCGUACUUCCCUGGAUAAGCAGACGCACCACCGUGCCAACACAACCAUGCAUGUGUGCUGGCACCGCAACACCAGCGUGUCUAUGUCUGAUCACAGCUUGGCUGUGGAGAAUCAGCUGUCCGGUUACUUGCUGAGGAAGUUUAAGAAUAGUAACGGCUGGCAGAAGCUCUGGGUGGUCUUCACAAACUUCUGCUUGUUCUUCUACAAGACCCACCAGGACGACUUCCCGUUGGCGAGCCUGCCGUUGCUGGGCUACACAGUCAGCACCCCAGAGGAGUCCGACAGCAUUCACAAAGAGUACGUCUUCAAGCUGCAGUUCAAGUCCCACGUUUACUUUUUCCGUGCUGAGAGUGAAUAUACCUUUGAGAGAUGGAUGGAGGUGAUCAAGAGUGCAGCCAGCACGACGGGCCGCAUGAGUCUGCUCAUACCAAAAGGAGGUCCCAUGGAGAUAAACGGAAACUGAGGACGUGAACAGUGUGUAUGAGGGGGCUGGGCCUCCCGUCCGAUGGAAAGACUGUCUGAAAUCAGAACCACACCGUUUGACUCACACUGCCAGUUGAACUGUCACACUAAUGCUGCGUUGUUUUGUUCUCUACUAUGAUGUAAAUGAUAAUGUGUGUGUCGCUAAGCAGGAUAUAGCAAAGCAAAUGUGUAUCUUACUGUCUGCUGGUUAGAACUCGUACAACUGAUGGGAAAAGGGACCAUUCCAUUUUUACAGCUCUAAUAUUGACUGAGAGGGUCUGAAGUAUGUGUAUGUCAGAGGAAGGAAACGGCAUGUGGGUGUUUUGUCGCAGAGAAGUGUGAGAUGGAGGGAACAUAAAGUCUAGAGGAAGUUUAGGGAGUCAAGUCAAUCGAGGUUUACGCUGCUGUCAGGAAACAAAAUGCACAAACAUAGGCUCUAGGUUAACUGCGUUGUAAUGACUAUUUAUUACAUUCAGAUAUUAGGCCCCUCAUGCCACCAGGCAGUCAGCUGACUCUUUGGCCAGUUAAAUAUGAAACAUCGUUUCUAUUAACUUUGUGAAUGGAGCGCUAUAACGGAGGGAAGUACAAAGCAGCGCCUAAUCCAGUAUUUAACUUCACCACCUCAUAGCUUGUACGUCCGUUUCUUAGGUCUGUCUGAGCUAGCAGACACCACUGACAUGCUGUCAACGUUAGCUGUGCUUGGUUGUCACUUUUAUAUGAAGACUGGAACCAAUCAUUCUGACACUCUGUUUGUGUUUGUUGCAGUUAGUCCUAUUUAUUGUGUUACACAUAGUCAGCCACUAUCCUGAUCUUCAUCAACUAGUCAUUAUGUUAUUCCAUUAAAGUGCAAAUAAACCUACAAAGUGUUUGUAUCGAACAUUUUGAAAA